AAGGAAUAAAACUUUUCUUUGAAAAAAAUUAAAAACUUCACAUACCACCGAAGGUAAAUCUGAUGUGGCGUAAUCUAAUUGGAUCGAUGAUGCUACAACUUCCACGUAAUACUCAUCAGAAAAAUCAGAGCAAAACGAAACUACCUCGUAGGUUUCUUUCCGAUCUUUGACCUCUUGUCGCUUUGUUCUCGUAUUUAUACGUACAAAAAAAAUUUGGGAUGAAUAAGAUCUCUCCGGUUGUCCGUUUCUUUCCGAUUGUUCUUGUUCUUCUCUGAUCAAUUUCUUUACUCUAGAUUUCUUUUUUGUUUUUUUUUUUUUGUUUUUAGAUUGAAUUAACUAUUAUGGUAGAUGGGAUUGUAAAUUAUGGUGAUAAUUUAGCUAUGGAGGUGGUGGGGGAGGAGCAGGAUCAGAUGAUCUCGUGGGAUGAUAUUAUUAAUUCCCCUCAGGAUUUGAUUCUGGAUUUGGGUUUUCUCGAAGUGGAUAGCCCUGAAUCCACCACCACCACCACCUCCUCGUCAUCACCGACGGCCGCGGAGGCGGCGGCGGUACCACCAUCGGAGUUGGGUGCUUCUUUUUCAAUCGAUCAGAUUGAGGAUUUCCUGUUUAACGACGUCGACCAUGAUGAUUAUGGCACGGCCACCGCCGCCGACGACUUUUUGUCUGACUUACUCCUUGAUUCGCCUCUUCCGUCGUCCACGACCACCACCGCCACCAAUUCUGAUCACGAAGAUAACAAUCGCUCUUCGUCCCCUGAUAUUGUUAGCCUCCAGCAGCACCAUAGUCCUUCCCCUCCUCCUCCACUUUUUGACCAUUCUCAGUCGCCACAGCUGGAAGUUCCCCUUAAGGACUCUCCUUCUCCACCGCAGGAAGGGUCUCAACAAGGUAGUCCUCGUCAGCCGGAGGGAGAGAACGAGGAGGACGAGCAAGAUGCUGAUGAUCCAAUCUCCAAGAAACGCAAAAGGCAAAUAAGGAAUAGGGAUGCUGCUGUUCGUUCGCGAGAAAGGAAGAAGAUGUAUGUAAGGGAUCUUGAGAUGAAGAGUAGGUUUUAUGAAUCAGAAUGCAGGAGGUUGGGCAUGUUGCUUCAGUGCUAUGUUGCUGAGAAUCACGCUCUUCGCCUUUCGUUGCAUAGUAGUAAUAGUAGCCAGGCCUUUGGUGCUUCCACAACCAGGCAGGAGUCUGCUGUGCUCUUGUUGGGUGAGCAGUGCAGCCUUCUACUUUUUUGACAUUUUGGGUUCUUCCUGGUUUUUAUUUUUCUUGCAGUUAUACUGCUCUAUUUGCUGCACAUUACUUUUCUUUAUCUGCCCACUUCUUGAGAAACGACGUUGUUUGUUAAUGUAGAUAUUUGCCGUACAUUACUGUUCUUGAGAAACGACUUUAUUUGUUAAUGUAGAUGCGAACAAUUUGACAUAUGAUCCAUGGUUGCAGAAAGGCUGUGUGCCGCACACUACUUUUCUUUAUCUGCUUAGUUCUUGAGAAACCAUUUUAUUUGUUUAUGUAGAUGCGAACAAUUUUUGACAUAUGACCAUAGUGGCAGAAAUGCUUUGUGAUUGCAUGGUUGUGUUCUGCUAUGUAUAAAUUUUGAGGGAAAAUGGCUUCAAAAUGAAUUUUUGGAGUUGAUUGUACUGACCUUUGUUUGUGAUUGUCUACCAUGUUGGAAUUUUUUUGAGUUUUGUGUAAUUGUUCUGUGUCCUAAACAUAUCCCAACCCAAUUAUACCUUGCUUCCUUUGUCUAUUGAGUUUUAAUUUGGAUGCUCUUCUCCUUUGUGCGGAUUUUUUUUUCUGUCGCUUAAGCAACUGAUAUUCGCUGGUUCACUUUGUUAAUGGUGGCUUAGUUGUUUUGUUCAUUUCAUAAUUGGGGAAAUGGAUGGAAUUUUUUUUUCCCUUAAGCUAUGUAACAUUCGAGUAUCCAGCUGGGGCAAACAUGUUCACAUUGAGCUCCAUAAGGAUGCUCUCUCUUGUAACAUACUCUUAGUGGAGUUGCUCUGCGCCUACAUUGGUUUCUUGCUCUAUUCAUCAUGUAGCUUUUUAUUGCUGAUGUAUAUGUGGUGCUUUCCCUACAGUUUUAAACUUGAAAAUGUACUAAAAUGUUGGUUGUAAUCUGCAGAAUCCCUGCUGUUGGGUUCCCUGCUUUGGUUCCUGGGAGUCAUCAGCCUGCUAAUUGUCCCCCAACAGCUGCAGUCGGAAGCAGUGCAGAUUGGAAAUGCGGGCGACAAAAAUCGGGAAAGAAACCUGCCUCCAAGAAAGGCAGGAAGUGAUGUAUGGUUCCACCCAUCAUUUAUGAUGAGUAAGAGGUGCCGAGGUUCGCGAAGGAAAAUGAGGUGUUCUUUUGCAGCUGCAGCUUCAGCGACUUUGCUUCGUGACUCGAAGGAGAUGUUGUUGAUCUUCUGAAAAGUUGUCGGUAACUAGUUUCGACUGUAGUGACAGUGGUGAGGAAUAGUUGGUGUUUUAGGCUAGCUAUUGACUCAUCCCGGGUAGAUAUGUAUCUGUCAUUGUUGAAGGCUGAGGGGUGUUAAUUUGGUGGAUGUGGGGGUGUAAUUCUCUUUCUUGUGUUUUUGACAGUAGAAGAAACUCCUUUUUAAGUAGUUGCAUGUUGGUUUAAGUGUUUUUUUUUUCUUUUUAUUCAUUCAUAUGGAGGUUGUCGCUUAACUGAUAGUUAAUGAUGAACUUAAUGUUUUAUUAAUUGAGCUAAGGUAAUUUGGUUGUGUUUAUUCAUAGUUCGUCGCAAAUCAAAAUCUUGUUCGUUAAACAAAAGAAGUUUAGGAACGGAUUGCCAACUUAUUAAUCUUUUUGGGUUGAACUCAUGUGUAAUAUUGUGGCAAACAUUUUCACUUGGAAGUGGAAGGUGAAAACUACUCUUUUUCUUUUUAAUAUGAUUAUUAUAUUGAAAAUGAUUUGCCGGCAAAUUAUAUAGUGGACCGUGGUCCAAUAAGCUUUGUGCAUCUAAAAUGUAAGUGUUACACACGCAGUGGAAUUGUAGAACAAGCUUUGUGCACUUAAAAUGUGAGUGUCAGACACGCAGUGGAAUUGUAGGUGGUUGUGAUUUUAUAUUUUUUAUUUAUUUUACAUAAUAUUUAUCUAAUUUUU